AUGGUAAACAGGUGGCCAGGAUGCAGGAGCAGCUGUUUGACUCCCGUGCAACAACAUGAAGACAAGGGCGCAGCAGGAACCGUGUCUCGGAUAUUAGCAGACAAACGCAAUAAAUCCCGGAGACCGAGGCUGUGCCGCCUGAGUGUUCCUGCGACCCUCGCUGUUCCUGCUCCCACACGGACCGGCGGCGACAUCCCCACGCCCGCCAUCCGAACCCGGGUCACCAACCCGACCUUGCUCACACCUGGUGCCUCUGCCUGCGACGCCGGCCGCUCUCACUCGCCCUGCGCGCUCUUGAGUGCGACCGGCGGGCUCAUUUUUUGGUGGCGGCCGCUGUGUCCAGAUGCCAUUAACGAUGAGGGCUCGGAUGCCACACAGUCUUUCGCGUCGGCCGAUGACCAUUUACAGCACCGGGGGAAUAAUCACAAUGACAGCCCGCGCCUCAAUAAUAACAGGUUACUUCAGGCCCUUCAAUGGGGGACCUUCUGCGCCUUCGUCCGAGGCGAGGACGACGGCGGCGGCGGCGGCGGCGGCGCUCCAAGAUCGCGGUGCCCUGCAGGAGUCGGCCGGAGGAGCUCGCCUGGCCCUCGCGAACGCCGUCCUCCGAGGAACGCGCGAGCGGCGCUCUCUGCAGCGCGAUCUCCUAACCUGAAGGGCAAACACGUCCUUAGUGUCGAACGUCAACAGCCUGUCCCAUCAUCCUUAAGGGACAUUUCCCCCGAGACCGACCAGGAAGAGCCUGAAUAA